AUGUCAAUUGAAACGCAGUCGCAUUUCCGGGACUUUGCAAGAUCCGAGUUCCAUAAGCACCGGGAUGUCGGCAAGAAGGACUUCGGUACCAUCGAAUAUCUGCUUCGAAGAGGAAGAAAUCAGCUGGAGACAUGGUCUGAGCCAGGUAUCCGAGACAUCCACAGGUAG